UUAUCAUCAGACUAGAGAUGAAAUGCUUAAUUUCACUAUGAUUAUUACUGUGCAUUGAUCAAGGGGAGAUAUUUAAAAAAUGGAAGUCUAUACAAGAAAAACAUUGCAGGUACAUUCAAAUUUAUUUUUGGAAGAACACACAUUGAUUGGCAAGUCAUAUAUUUUAGCAUAUCGUGGUGUUCCCAGUCUACUGGGGCAUGGCACCAGUGCACUGUGAUUUUCACUCUGUUUUUCUCUGAGCAAAUCCAAAGAGGUGUUCUCAUACUUCUGAGACAGAAGCUGACAUCAACCUGCCCUUUCACCCAAAUUUAUCUUUACUCAGAUUCUGCCAGCAGUUUUAUUUGAAUCUUUCACUUUCAUUUGAUGUUAAGGACACAAUACAAUCAUUUUGCCAAGUGGAAAAUAAUUUUCCAGGAAUCUCUUCAAAUUCCAUGAAAUCCGGCAGCUUGAAAACAUUCAAGCCCAUAAUGCUCACACUCUUGAUUUCAAGAACAGAAUGACACUACUUUGAGCUGCAGUAUCACAGAUCGACCAGAGGCAAAAAUCCCAGAGAAGAACAGGUCACACUGCUGCCAAGCAUGAGCUCCCAGAAGACACUGUGACGUGAGGGAACCAGGGAAAAAUAUAGUUAUGUAGGCAUCACAACUCCCAAUUCUCCAGUCCUUAUUCGGUCACCAGCUAACAUCCUUAAAACACAAACAUAAAACAAAAAAGGGUAACUCCCAGUUAGCUUUUCUAGUGUCCUUUUCCCUGGGUAAUAUGCACAAGCAAGUAGUUUGCUGAAUGGUUAAUUUAGUCUGCCACAUGGCAAGUCAUUCUGUGUUACACUGAAUUCCAUAUAUUAUGAGGAGAGUCACACAUUCUUUUAUGUAAAUAGAAACCAUUGUGAUUAUUGUCUUGGGGCAAAAUGUCUGAGUACACCGUGCCGAUGGUAACUCCAGUAGAGAACAUGACAGUCUCUCCCCAGAACUGCUCUAACUGCAGUCAGGUGUCUGUGCCAGAAUUCAGCGUCACCAGGGCGGUGACACUGGGCCUGAUACUGGGAAUCUUUAUCCUUUUCGGGGUGAUGGGCAACAUCCUAGUCAUCCUCUCAGUGGUCUGCCACAGGCACUUACGGACAGUCACUCACUUCCUCAUUGCCAACCUGGCGGUGGCCGACCUGCUGCUGAGCUCCACGGUGCUGCCCUUCUCCGCCACCCUGGAGAUCCUGGGCCGCUGGGUGUUUGGCCGCGUCUUCUGCACCAUGUGGGCUGCCAUGGAUGUGCUGUGCUGCACGGCCUCCAUCACCAGCCUGUGCAUGAUCUCAGUGGACCGCUACAUUGGGGUCAGCUACCCUCUGCGCUACCCGACCAUCGUGACCAAACGGCGGGGUCUGCUGGCACUGGCCUGCCUGUGGGCCCUCUCCAUCAUCAUCUCCAUCGCCCCCCUGUUCGGCUGGAAGGAGCCCAUGCCAGAGGACGAGACUGUCUGCAAGAUAACAGAGGAGCCGGCCUACGCCAUCUUCUCCUCUGUGGUGUCCUUCUACCUGCCACUGACCGUCAUCCUUGUGAUGUACUGCCGGGUGUAUGUGGUGGCUCGGCGGGAGACCAAGACCCUGAAGGGGGGUCACAAGGAGGGGGAAGUGAUGCUUCGCAUUCACCGUGGCAACGCCGCGGCCGCCUCGGAGACCGAGGCCAUGCACAGCCGCAAGAACAUCGCUCUGCGGCUGGUCAAGUUCUCCCGGCAGAAGAAAGCUGCAAAGACCCUGGGCAUUGUGGUUGGCUGCUUCAUACUCUGCUGGCUGCCGUUCUUCCUGGUGAUGCCCAUAGGCUCCAUAUUUCCAUCCGCCAAACCCUCAGAGACUGUCUUCAAGGUUGUCUUCUGGCUGGGCUAUUUCAACAGCUGCAUCAACCCUAUGAUCUAUCCUUGCUCCAGUAACGAGUUCAAGAAGGCCUUCCAAAAUGUGCUUGGCAUCUGCUGCCGGAAAUACAAGGCCCGGAAGGCUAAGCAGCUCCGCCAGGCCCAAUUCAGCAACUCAAAGGCCCAGGGCGGGGCUUCACGCCGCACCUCCAAAACUGCCCUGUCACGCAUGCCCUCAACCAGUGGUGGGAAGGACUGCAAGGACCUGCUCAGAACCUGCUGCUGCAUCAGCGGGGACACACCCAGCCAGAGAGCCGGCAAGUCGCAGCCAUCCGACCAAGGCACCACACCACUUACCAAGGUCCACCAGCUCUCCCUUCCUGAGAAAGGGGAGGCCGUGUAGCUGAGAGCUCGGGCCAAAUAGUCACCUCUUUCUCAUCCUGGUGCUAGUCCAUGGCAGUUCUGUAAACAUAGCUUGAGACAUGAACCAGUGGCAUGCCUGGAGCUCUAGGUCGGUGAAUGCACAACCAGAUUCUCCUCAGUCUGCUAACCCUUACCCUGGUGAACCACAGAACUUUGAAAUGGACAGAACUGUCUAACGAGGGGAGUCAGAUGGAAUGUGCACAUCUGUGUUUGGGUUGAUGAGUGAUUCUGUUUAGUGAACACAGAGGAAUGGCCUACACAGGAAGAGGAGGCUGGGUGGGGUUCAUAGACAUUCCAGGUUGCCAACCACUCCUGCCGUUUUGAUCUCAUUAAAAAGCCGCAGGCACUUCAAAAACUUGCUUGGAUAUCAAAGCCAAAUGUUUUGAUGAUCAUAAAUAGUCAGUGACAAACUGAUUGACGCUGUAAUUAUGCAAAUUGACAAAACCCUAUUUCCCCUGUUCUUCAAAACAAGUUUUUUGGUUUUUUUUUUUUUUUUUGCAUUCUGAACAAUGCUUCGCUAUGUUUUGUAAGUCCUACUUUGCUUUUCAAAUUGAGCAGUAAAUUACACUUCUUUAACCCUCAAGUGUCCAACAUAUAUCUCACAUACUAAUGACCAAUGACCCCAAUUUCAAACUAAUGAAAAAGAUUCAAUUUAAAAACAUUUUUGAAACAUGAGAAAGACGUUUCAUUUUCAUAAAUAACAAUCUAUAUUUUUACAAUUCCAGCAGAUUUAGCAAUGAUUAAUGUCACCCACAUUGGCUUUACAUAGGGGAAUAGGGAGGAUAGUAAGCCAUAACACAUGUAACCCAUGUCAAUUUAUAAUGUGAUUAAUAUUGUGAUACAUUUCAUAUAUCCUUUAUUUAUUUGUGAACUCAAUCAGGGUCAGUGAUACAAUUAACAAGCUCUAUAUUUGCUGCUGCUAAAUUGUUCUACAGUCACAGAGCCACAGACACACCCUACUUCUUGCUACAGCCCAAAAUUGUGCAAUUGUACACAUGACACUACUGUCAUGGAACAUAAUUUUACCUGCCGAAUAGAUAUGUUGGUAUGUAUCACAUGAUAUCUUAUCCCCACAGAAAUCUGUAUUCUUAUAAAGAUUCCUUUACCAAGUCGCAUUGGUGGAAUGUGUUGCUUUUGACUGGGGCAGCAGCUGACACUUACAAUAGACCAGAGAUUAAGGCAGAAACUAGAAGGAAAUGGUAUGUAUUUAUUGAGGACAUGUUGCUUGACAAGUCAAGGCAUUUUGGAAGGAUCAAAUAUAUUACCAUUAAGAUAUCAAUAAAAGUAUAUGUCUUUUGCUGCACCUGCAAAAAAACUCUUAUCAAGGUGUGCAGGCCCUCUCUGACUAGAUGGAAUGGAACCAACAUCUGAGGCUGAGGUGGGAUGGAAAUUUGCUUCGAAAUUUGUUUGUCUUCAACACAAAAUCUUUUUGAUAACUCCAGCCCCUAAGGCCAGAGUGAAAUAUAUAUAUUUUCUGAUACAUUGAGCAACAGAGGACGUGCUGUUGAAUGUUCAGGAAUGUUUGUCUGUACAAAGAACCUGAAUACUACUGCAUUAUCAGUGAUAAACUCUGAACUUUGAUGAAGAUGAAAAGGAUAUUUAAAAUUUUGAGGCAAAACAAUGGAGACAUAGCUUGCAUGUAUGCAAGGUGACCAGAGAUUUUCAUUAGAAGUAUCACCUAGGCACUAUAACAUCUGCUGAACAAAGCAACAUGCCCUUAUUUUCAGCCCUAUUACAUGCAUUCAUUAAGUGCUUUCUUCACAAUAUCGGAGCUACAGCCGGCUCUAAAAAUUCAAAGAAGGAGAAUGUAUUAGAAGGUCCCUGAUGCUAAGUGGAUUCAUUUAAAAAAGCUUUGUGUUCUGGAUUCAGUGAGAAAUAACCAAUAGAUAACAUUGUAGAGAAUUCUGCCUGUGUAAAAAGUUGAACUUUAAAGUUAAAAUUAAAGUGACUGUAAAGGUAAAGCUGUGAAUGGAGUCACAGUAGAUAGGAUGGGGUUAUUCGUAUUAAGCGUCAGCAAAAUUUGCUAAAUCAAGUGCAUUGCAAUAUUGACAUAUCAGUCAAAACAUUUCCAUUUAUUCCUAUGUGGGGAUAAAAUGGUAUGUUCAAUUUAUUACUCUGAGCUAUUGGGUCCUUAAUGACAUCAGAAAUUCCCUGACCUAAUAGUCAAUACAUUUUAGUCUAAGUUUUAGACUAAUUGCAUGUCCUCCCAUAGUUUCAUGAGAUUUGUAUAUAGAGAUUUGUUUAUAGAGUGAUUUGUAUCAUUGGCUAAGUAAUGGCACAGUGAUGUAUUGGAUAACACUGUAGUCUUGCAACAACAACAUCCUGGGUUCAAAACCCGACUGGGGCCUUUCUGUGUGGAGUUUGCAUUUUGAUAUUUAAUCCCCCUUAUCCCUCUCACAGUCUCCCUCCUUCUCUAAUACUUGUGGGUUUUACAUUUUAGGAGGAGUUGGGGAGGGAGAUGGGGUGGUGAGGCGGUCCAGACCACACCCAUACAAUCCUGACAUAGUUUUCAAUACAGAUGUCUGACUUGAAAUGUGUGUUAUAGUUAUUGCUUUGAAUAUAUAUUUGGUGGAUGUGUAGUGGAUAUAUUCCCCUGUGAUAAUGUAUGGUUAUUUUAACUACUUCCUGCCACGUUAGUCACUUUAAGUUUUGAAAAAUAUAUAUAUGAAAUAACUAUUGUGCUGUUUAAUGUAUCGUAGCAUAUUAAUUGAGUUGGGUGUGUAAUUUGACUUGAAUGUUGGUGGAUGGCAGCUGCUUAAUUUCAUUCAAUGAACCACUUAUUAUUAGUGAAUAAAUCAAGGUUCAACCUGUCACAUUGCAAUGCUCAACCCCUGGUUUUACAUCAAGCACAGAACUAGCCUCAGUUAUUGAUUUCAGUUUAAGGGGGCCAAUGCCUUUUUACUUUUCCUUUUUGAUUCAGACUGUUCACUACAAUUCACUACCCAUGAACAACAUUUUUCAUCAGCUGUGUAAUGCAGAAACACAAUGAAACAUACAAAAAUAUUUAUUGUCUACAUGUAUUUGACGCUUUCUGAAAUGACCAAACCAAAUGUGAUGUUACAGUUCGAUGUAAAGUAAAAAAUGUGUGUAAGCAUUUGUGGGUAUUCCUGUAAAU